AUGAAAGUCGGAGGAGAUAGCAGAGAAGCAUCACAUUUAUUAUCUGAUUUAAAUGCAACAGCACUGGAAGCUAUGACAGCAGGUUUCACUUCUCAACUUGUUAUGGUAAAUGAUACAAAAAUUGAGGAUAGAGUCCGUGCUAAGGACACUGACCAACGAGGAAGUGUUGCAUUAUUGUAUUCUGACUUGACCAAUACUGUUAGUGAUACUGCACUUGGUCUCUCGUCUUCAUCAUCGGAAAUUGAUGAUUCUCAAGCGCUUACUGGCACAAAAUCAACUCUCGUUUUGUCUGAAGUACAGAAUGCUUCGUCUACUGUUUUAACAGCGGAAGAAACAGUCCCAACACCUCCGCCAUCACCAACAACGCGCAAAGAUUCAGUAAAGCCAAGUCUCUUUUCAUUGGCUCAGGUUUCGCAUAAACUGGGGGAAUUAUGGUCAAGUGCUAGAGAACGAGUUUUUGGUGAAGAUUAUUGGAUACCAUCCGAUUGUUAUGAAGUUGUCCCAUUUCCAUUGGAUUUACUAAGAGCUCAUAAUUCUGUUUAUCCUGAUAUAAAUAGCAAGAAAGGUUUGCGUGUUGUACAGGGUACGCUGAAGAAUCGACCUACUUCUCCAUUAUUCCAUGUGUUAUUUUCCAAGGGCUGCGAAGAGGAGGACAGCAAAGCACAAGAAGAAUUUGAAUUACCUGCAACUCUUAGUAUCUUUCGAACUCAUGAAAUACAAGAAGCAGUUGAUUUAUACAUGCAACGAGAUAAUCGUAGGUUGGUACGAGAUUUGGUGACUUCGCUACGUGCUCACCCACUUUGGCUGAUUGUUCCAAUUGCAAUUGCAACAAACCGAACUGAUUUUUUUUCUGACGAAAGCAUUAAAAGGAUGCUUCAGGUAACUGCUCAACCAGAAGGGCGUUAUCCAUUAAUGCUUGCAAUUGAGAUGCAUCGCUUAGAGAUUGUCCGAAGACUUCUACAACUUGGUGCUGAUCCAGCAGCUCGAGAUAUUAAUGGAAAUAAUUCAUUUCACUAUGCAGCUUUAGCAUCAGUAACCAUGUUCGAGUUGCUUUGGGAAUUCGAUAAAACACAUUCAUUGUUAAACACCACUAAUCAUGAUGGAUAUACUCCUGUGUUGAUUGCAAUCCGAAAUGCAAAUCCGCGGAUUGUUUCAGCUUUAAUUUCUCAUGGUGCUGAAGUUAACAUCCGUGUGGCUGGAAGAUCUCCACUUUUUGAAGCUAUGCAAAGUAAAGGAAAGUCGACGGAAGUUAUUCGAACAUUACUGGAUGCUUCUCCAGAAUUGUUACAUGAAAGCGAUCCAGCCACAGGGAAUACGGUAUUGCAUGCAGCCCAGUUCAAAACACCAUUAAUGGGUUUACUUUCACUAAAACACAAAGAACUUAAUCUUAAUGCUCGGAAUAAUGCAGGCCAAGCACCAAUCCAUAUGUAUGUCAGUAGAGGCGAUCUUGGUAUGGUGAUGACUUUGUCAUCUUAUGAUUGCGAUUUAAAUAUAUCUGAUCGGAGUGGUGAUACAGCGCUUCAUUUAUCUGUUUCUAGAAGAGAUUUAUUAAUGACUCAACUGCUUCUUUGCUUAGGUGCAAAUCCAAAUGUUAAGAAUAAGCAUGGUGAAACACCACGACAUCUUGCUUCUAAAUUGCAGGAAUGGAUAUUAGUAAGAAGUCUUGCUAUUUGUGGUGCACGACGUUGUGACAGUGGAGGGAAGAGUGGAUGUGUAUCUGGAUGUGUCAAUGGUAAAAAACUAGAUGAAAUGAAAGAUGCGUCAUGGUCAUUAAUAGAAACUGCUGAAAAUUAUUUGAUCCCUCGCACUGGGAGUUCUGCUCUUACGUGUGAUUUUGAAAUGUCUAUAGAGUAUGAAAAUGACAAUCCGAUUCAAAAUUUCAAGCAAAAAGUCUGUUAUGAGUAUCUUAUUAAAAAAGUCGAAGAACUAUUGAUCAAGCAAGAAACUCCAAACUUUGUGAACUUAUUGUCUCUGGAUGGUGGUGGGAUUCGUGGUCUUGUUAUUAUUCAGAUGUUAUUGGAACUUGAGAAAGUACUGGGGGAAUCAUUUUUUCAAUAUUUUGAUAUGGUAGCUGGUACCUCCACGGGUGGAAUCAUUGCAGCAGCCUUAUCAUUAGGAAAAUCAUUGCGUGAAUGUCAACAGAUAUAUUUACGACUGAAAGAUCUUGUUUUUGAUAGCUGGGCUAGACCAUACAAUACGAGUGUGUUGGAAUUGUUCAUACAAACUGAAGUUGGCACUGAUAUGACUCUUGCUUCGAUACCUUGGCCUAAAAUGAUCUUAACAACAGUACGAGCUGAUUGCUUCCCAGUGCGUUUGGAAUUAAUGCGAAAUUUUCAAUUGCCUUUAUCAGAAGAAGAAAACGCAUUGCUUGGGUAUAGCGAUCCAGCUGAUACUUUGCUGUGGAAGGCACUUCGACGAACCUCGGCAGCACCAACAUAUUUUAGUUCCGUUGAUAACAGAUACAUUGAUGGUGGGAUUGUUGCGAAUAAUCCUGCGUUAGAAUUGCUUUCAGAAGUAUCCUUUUGGAAUACUACAAGUCAUUUUUUGACAAGUUCAGAAAGCGAUUCCAUUAAAGUAGGGUGUAUGUUAAGCGUAGGAACUGGUGCAAUUCCAACAGUACCUUUGUCGACAUCUAACUUAGAAAUUUCAUCUAAUCCGUACUCUUCAGCGGUUGCUAUUAAAAAUCUUGGUGUGAUACUUGUCGAACAGGUCACGGCAACGGAGGGAGCACCUGUUGAGCGAGCUCGUUCUUGGUGUCAUAAUAUAAAUGUACCAUUUUUUCGGCUUUCUGCUCCUCUUCAUAAAGACAUUCCCAUGGAUACACGAGAUGAUAUGGAUAUUGCGCGUAUGAUGUGGGAUUGUGUGCAGUAUUGCAGCACAGUGCGCGGAGAGAUGGAAAAACUUUGUCAGCUGCUUAAAAAGCUUGGGCCAGCUUGUCGUAGACGACAUCUUUUUGAAGACAUGAAAAGUGAACACAAAAACUGA